GGGCAGUUCAUCCAACGGAGGAGGAUCCUUUGACGUUAAGCAGGACAUUCUAGGACAGAGGAGGGUUCGUUGGGUUCCUGACACAGAUGAAGGUCUGAAUCCUCACUUUCGGGCUGUUGGGGCCCCUGGUGAGAUUGGCAGUCCCUUGGUAGGCCAUGCUUCAUUGCGGGGGGUUUAGGCAAGUCCCGGCAAAAGACGGCGCGAGAAGACUGAACAGAGUCCCUCUCAGCGUAAAAAUCUCCUUGAGCGACUUGGCGUCACCAGCGGCCCACCCAUGUCGGAUAACCGACCGAGACCUGUUACAGUAGCUGGUCCCAGUGCCCAGCCAUCCGUAAUUAUGGAUACGCUUUUGGACCUGAUAGACCGGACUUCUUGGAAUAACAAUACAAAAAGAAGCCACAGGAAGGGCAUCAGCGAAAAUCUUGGACUGAGCUCUUUCCGUGAGGAGACGGCUACUGAUGAUACCAACAAACCAGAUACUUGGGAAGGCUUCUUCGAUCCUCGCACCAACGACAGAAGAUCUUUUGGGCCCUAAAAGUGGAAAUGAGAAGGAAUAAUCUCUAUGCUGCCUUGCUGUUCUUUUCAUAAGCAGUGGACAGACAGGGAGGGAGAAAUGAAUAUAGCCAAGCUGUUGCUGCUUUCGGCGCAGAGCGCAAAUGUCGGGCUGUGGGAAUCAGCGACUUAUCAAGUAUCAACUGGCAUGGCGCGUGCGCUUGUUUCCUGUAUGUGAAUUAGACGUGUGGGUUGUUAUUUGGGAGGAAAGAGGCACAAGAGUAGCAAAUAAGUGCGAAAGCGUGUCUGCAUCAAUACCAUUCUCGGGAUAGUUGUACUCGAUCUUAA